CUUCUUAGUCUGGCUGUGGGAUUCAGCAGUUUUGUUGUUGUUGUUGAUUUCUGUUUUUUUCUGUUUUCUGAAUUAUUGUUUUUACAGUAAAAUGGCAGAAUCCAGUGUUUCUUUGGCUCAGGAUGAGUUCAGCUGUUCAAUCUGUCUGGAUCUACUGAAGGAUCCAGUAGCCCUUACCUGUGGACACAGUUACUGUAUGAGCUGUAUUACAGACUGCUGGGAUCAGGAUGAUCAGAAGGGAGUCUACAGCUGCCCUCAGUGCAGACAGACCUUCACUCUUAGACCUGUUUUAGGUAAAAACACCAUGCUGGCUGAAGUAGUGGAGAAACUCAAGAUGACAAAACUCCAGGCUGCUCGUCCUGCUCAAAGUCACUCUGGAUCUGGAGAUGUGGAGUGUGACGUCUGUACUGGGGACAAAAACAAAGCCAUCAAGUCCUGUCUGGUGUGUCUGAACUCUUACUGUCAAUAUCAUCUUGAACAACAUGAGACUUUCUUCAAAGGUAAGAGACACAAUCUAAUGGAUGCCACUGGACAACUGCAGGAGAUGAUCUGUCCUCUACACGAUAAACUACUAGAGAUCUUCUGUCAUAGUGAACAAAUAUGUAUUUGCUUGCUGUGUAUGGUAGAGCAACAUAAACAUCACAACACUAUAUCAGUUGCAGCAGAGAGGACUGAGAAACAGAGACAGUUGGAAACUACACAGAAAAUUUUCCAAAAGAAGAUCCAGGAAAGACAGAAGGAGCUUGAGGAGCUGAGAGAGGCUGUAGAGUCUCACAAGCGCUCUGCACAGACAGCAGUGGAGGACAGUGAGAGGAUCUUUACUGAGCUGAUCCGCUCCAUUGAGAGAAGCUGCUCUGAGGUGACACAGCUGAUCAGAGAUCAGGAAAAGUCUGCAGUGAGCCGAGCUGAAGGUCAACUAGAGCAACUGGAGCAGGAGAUUGAAGAUCUGAGGAGGAGAGACGCUGAGCUGGAGCAGCUUUCACACACAGACAAUCACAUCCGUUUCCUCCAGAGUUUCCAGUCUCUCUCGGUAACUCCUGGAUCUACAGACUCACCCAGAAUCACUGUCAGUUCUCGUCUCUCUUUUGAUGAUAUUGGUAAAUCUGUGUCUCAUCUGAAAGAGAAACUGGAGAAUUUCUGCAGAGAGGAGAUAGAGAAGAUAUCUGGUAAAUUAACAUACAUUGAGAUCUUUUCCACACCCGAGCUCAAGUCCAGGAAGGAAUUUUUACAAUAUUCCCAUCAGUUCACUCUGGAAAGAAAUACAGUGCAUAAAAGAAUUUGUUUAUCUGAGGGGAACAGAGUGAUUACAUGCACUGACACAGUCCAGCCAUAUCCUGAUCAUCCAGACAGAUUUGAUACUGUGGAGCAGGUGUUGUGUAGAGAGAGUGUGUGUGGACGCUGUUACUGGGAGGUUGAAUGGAGUGGAAAGGUUGGUAUAACUGUGUCAUAUAAGAGCAUCAGCAGGAAGGGAGAGAGAAAUGAAUGUGUUUUUGGACGCAACAUUAAAUCUUGGAGAUUAUUUUUCUCUCCCUCCACAUGUUCAUUCUGGCACAAUAACAAAAAGACUAGACUCCCUGUAGUGUCCAGCUCCUCUAGAAUAGGAGUGUAUGUGGAUCACAGUGCAGGAACUCUGUCCUUCUACAGCGUCUCUGACACAAUGACCCUCAUUCACAGAGUCCACACCACAUUCACUCAGCCUCUCUAUGCUGGGUUUAGAGUCAAUUAUAUAUUUGGAUCAGUUUCAAAAGUAAAACUGUGUGAAUUGAACUGUAUUGAAGGUACAGAGGAUCAUGAUCUAGACUGUCUAAGAUAUUGUUUUUACAGUAAAAUGGCAGAAUCCAGUGUUUCUUUGGCUCAGGAUGAGUUCAGCUGUUCAAUCUGUCUGGAUCUACUGAAGGAUCCAGUAGCCCUUACCUGUGGACACAGUUACUGUAUGAGCUGUAUUACAGACUGCUGGGAUCAGGAUGAUCAGAAGGGAGUCUACAGCUGCCCUCAGUGCAGACAGACCUUCACUCCUAGACCUGUUUUAGGUAAAAACACCAUGCUGGCUGAAGUAGUGGAGAAACUCAAGAUGACAAAACUCCAAGCUGCUCGUCCUGCUCAGUGUUACUCUGGAUCUGGAGAUGUGGAGUGUGACGUCUGUACUGGGGACAAAAACAAAGCCAUCAAGUCCUGUCUGGUGUGUCUGAACUCUUACUGUCAAUAUCAUCUUGAACAACAUGAGACUUUCUUCAGAGGUAAGAGACACAAUCUAAUGGAUGCCACUGGAAAACUGCAGGAGAUGAUCUGUCCUCUACACGAUAAACUACUAGAGAUCUUCUGUCAUAGUGAACAAAUAUGUAUUUGCUUGCUGUGUAUGGUAGAGCAACAUAAACAUCACAACACUAUAUCAGUUGCAGCAGAGAGGACUGAGAAACAGAGACAGUUGGAAACUACACAGAAAAUUUUCCAGAAGAAGAUCCAGGAAAGACAGAAGGAGCUCGAGGAGCUUAAAGAGGCAGUAGAGUCUCACAAGCGCUCUGCACAGACAGCAGUGGAGGACAGUGAGAGGAUCUUUACUGAGCUGAUCCACUCCAUUGAGAGAAGCCGCUCUGAGGUGACACAGCUGAUCAGAGAUCAGGAAAAGUCUGCAGUGAGUCGAGCUGAAGGACGACUGGAGCAACUGAAGCAGGAGAUUGAAGAUCUGAGGAGGAGAGACGCUGAGCUGGAGCAGCUUUCACACACAGACAAUCACAUCCGUUUCCUCCAGAGUUUCCAGUCUCUCUCUGUUCCUCCUGGAUCUACAGACUCACCCAAAAUCGUUGUCAGUUCUUGUCUCUUUUUUGAUGAUAUUAGUAAAUCUGUUUCUCACCUGAGAGAGAAACUGGAGCAUUUCUGCAGAGAAGAGAUGGAGAAGAUAUCUGAUAUUGUAAAAUACAUUGAGUUUAUAUCAACCCCAGAACCAAAGAAAAGAGAGGAGUUUCUACAAUAUUACCGACGGUUCACGCUGGAUGAAAACACAGCGCAUAAAUACCUCUGUCUGUCUCAGGGGAACAGAAUGACUACUAAAACUAACACAGACCAGCUGUAUCCUGAUCGUCCAGACAGAUUUGAUAGAUUUACUCAGGUGUUGUGUAGAGAGAGUGUGUGUGGACGCUGUUACUGGGAGGUUGAGUGGAGUGGGAUAGGAGUGUAUAUAUCAGUGUCAUAUAAGAACAUCAGCAGGAAGGGAUGUGGUAAUGAAUGUGCAUUUGGAUAUAAUGAUCAGUCCUGGAGUUUAUAUUGCUUUCCUUCCAAUUACUGCAAAUACUCAUUCUUGCACAACAACGGAUGGACUAAAGUCCCUGAAGUGUCCAGCUCCUCUAGAAUAGGAGUGUAUGUGGAUCACAGUGCAGGAACCCUGUCCUUCUACAGCGUCUCUGACACAAUGACCCUCAUCCACAGAGUCCAGACCACAUUCACUCAGCCUCUCUAUGCUGGGUUUAGAGCUUAUGGAUUAGUGAAACUGUAUGACAUCACAAGAUAGAUGAAACAAAGUCAUAUAGUGCAGCAUGUGAUAUUAUCCAUAAAAACACAAUAAAUAAUAAUGGUUCUAAUGUAAAGGUAAACGAAAAACAACAAUCUUCAUUGUAACCAAUGAUACAAAUGAUAUACUGUCACUAAUGUAUGCUGUAAUUAAAAAUAUGAGAGAACAAAAGGACAUCAUGUCAUUUAUUUAGGUCAUUGCAGACUGAAUAUAUGACAACACAGUUAUGAAUUAAGAGCAGUUGAAGAUGUGGCUGUUCAAUCAGUUUAUGAAGCGCGGAAUGAAAACAGAUGAAAGAGUGAUCAACAUUGAAACAAUUAAGAUUUUACUUCAAUAAACAUAAGAAG